CGAAAGAAAAUGGGGAAACAUAACACGUGCUCCCCGCAAGCCCCCCAAAGUCAGUCUUCUGCCGACCGCCGUUGCGUUCACUUGUCUUUUAGAUUUCUUCCACCACAAUUUUUUAAGUGACUUACGUCAUCAUUGCCACAGAUUAUUAGUCACAAACGGAAAUUGUGUCUGAUUCAUUUUCUGAUUAUUAAAAUUCCAUCAGUUUGAAUCGGAAAAGUGUUGGAUCGCCAUGAAGAAUCGAAUCGUUUCGACAACGCUGCUACUCAUUUCCCUGUCGUCAUUCUUGACAGGUCCGGGACUGAUGGCAAUGGCCACCAGCCCCAGCGAGACGGCAGCCGGGACCUGCACUUUCACGUCGAGGAAUUACGCGGUCGGUGACGUCUGGUACCCGCGGCUCGGACAGCGUGAAGCUCUCCACUGCGUCGCCUGCAUCUGCCAAGAGGGCGGGAAAAUCAAUUGCACGAUCCACGAGUGCGGCGGACAGGAGUGCAGUUCUCCCGAAUUGGCGGCCAACAACAAAUGCUGCGCCCACUGUUCCAAAGAGACGACAUUUUCCACUCGGGCCUUCCAUCCGGAGAGCGUGAUUCCGGUGUCGUCGUUCUCCCUGUCGGAUCUGAGCGGCGGCGGUGGCAGUUCGACGUCGUCGGGCGUCACCUGCUUGCACAACGGCAACGUCUACCGCCACAAGGAGCGAUUCACUUCGGCCAACGUCGGUCUCAAACCGGAGCACGCCGACCAGUGCGUCCAGUGCUCUUGCGAGGGAGGAAUGGUCAUGUGCCAACUGAAAGAUUGCCCAAAAGUGGACUGCGACAAUCCCAUCCGCACCAAAGACGAUUGCUGCCCAGUCUGUCCAGAUCCAGCUGGAAGGGUGGACGAAAUGGAUAAUUCGCCCGUCAUUAUCCAACAGCAGCCGGAAGGGACCGGCAACAGCAAAUUGGAGGAUUGCAUCUCCGGCGGACGAUAUUACCUGCACGGGACGACUUGGCACCCGGUGAUGGGCCCGUUCGGGCCGAUGGACUGCGUCAAUUGCAAAUGCAAAUCUGGCAAGAUCGAAUGCCAACGGCUGGAAUGUCCCAGUCGGCCGGCGCUCAACUGCGACAGGCCCGUCAAAGUCACCGGCCGCUGCUGCCCAGUCUGUCCGCUCGAGGGUGGCAUUCAAGAAGGUCCCAUGACUCCGCUGUUGUCAACUUCGCCCGUCUCUGCCGCCGGGACGCGGUCCAACAUUCAGAGGACGUCGGCAAUGGCCGGCAGUGGCGGCCGGACGAAUAAAUCGCCGUCAGGGCGGCCCAGUCUAUCGCCGCCAUCUUCUUCUGCGCUCAUCAAAUCGUCGACUCAUCACGGCAACUUCAGUUUGUGUUUGCCCAGGGAUUAUGACGUCAUCGUCCACCGCGCCCAGGGCGGUGGCAGCACCUCCGAAUUCAUCCAGUACAUUUUCCAGCAAGUAGUGGACGGACAGGCCAUCGAACACCACAUGUGGAUGCUGCAACCGACCGUGACAACCUACAAAGUCCAGGAUCUGACCAGGGACCAGUCGGAGGCGUUACGUCAACGCUUUCGCUUCGUCCUUCUCGGCGCCACCGCCACCAAAUACGUCAAGCGGUUCUCCAAACGUGAAAAGAAAUUAAAGGCGAAAUGUCUGCCCGAUUCCGGAUGUCCGAAGAAGAUCCGCCGGCUGGAGCGCAAUUUGGCCUUGAAAGAAGUCACCAGCCGCAGGGGCUGUUUAGCCAUAGAAGUGGAAGCCAACACUCAUUGAGUGAAUGUGCUGGAUUCAUUUCAUUUCAAAAAACAAAUUUGGACAUUUUCUAUCACCAGAAGCGGCCGGCCGGCCGGCCAGAAGUUGUUGCACAUCUGACGCCUGGCCCGAAAAUUCUACACAGCAACCGGAUUGCGUCUAAUCGUAUCGGACUACGAUAUGCUAAUUAUACUACACACGCAUGGCGGGAUAUGCUCUAAUCCCGCAUUCAAAGUAUUCGGAUACCUCAUCUACCAAAAUAAAACACCCGGAACAUCCCCGCGUGAACGUCUACGCGCCGUUUUAUGGCGUCCUAUUAAAAAUUCAAAAAAGAAAAAAGAAAAAAAGGAGAUUUUGCGGAUAAAGUUGUUUUGAAAAACUAUAAUGUUUGUACAUUUCCGUGAGUAUAAUAAUAAUAUUAGAUUCUCGUGCGAAUUUGAGAAUCGGAUAUUUUAGGAGUCUAUUAUAUUAUACCGGCUGGCAAUUAAUUAUGUAAAACGAGGAUGAAAUUAUGUAUAGAUCUCCGUAUGAAAUCCCUUUCAAUAUAUAAAAUCAACCCCGAAAU